AUGGAGGACUACGAGCAGGAGCUGUGCGGGGUCGAGGAUGACUUCCACAGCCAGUUCGCGGCCGAGCUCGAGGUGCUGGCCGAGCUGGAAGGGGCGUCGGCUCUGCCGCCUGCCAGGACUCCUCAGCCCCCAGUGGGCCGACCCCAGCUGACCUUUGAGGAGGCCAUCACCGGAGGGGAUGCUGCCACCCGCCCGUCUCUGGCCAGGUGUCUGCAGAAGGGCAAGGAUGGUGCCAGGAAGAGAGAACUGGAUAGGUCUCUUGCUCCUCCAUGUGUCCCCACAGCCUCCAGGAUCAAACGACCACGACUGGAGGCAGUCAAGAGGCUGAACUUCGGGCCAGAGGAGGAGAUGGAGGAGCUGCCACCCGACUCCCCUCCGCUGGGCAUCACUCCCCCGCCAAGCCCCGAGGUCCCUGCAGAACUGUGGGGUGAUGGGCCCUCGGACACCGGAGCCGACACGGGUCCCAUGUCGGCCUCGCCAGCUGCUCGCAAUCCUGUCCUGCGGCGGCCGCCAGUCCUGGAGGACUACAUCAAUGUGACGUCGACCGGUGGUGACCGGGCCUUCCUGGUGCUGCGGGCCGACCCCACGGGCACAGGGGUUCAGAUCCCUCUGCUGGACGUGCGGUGGCGUGGCCGCAGCCGGCUGGACCUGUUGGGUGUGCCCUUCACCUCCCUGAAGCAGCAGGUGGACAGCGAGCGGCGGCAGCGGCGGCUCGAGGAGGCUCAGCAGCUCUCAGACAUGCUGCGCAGCCUCAGACCUGAGAAGGAGGAGGAGGCUGCCCAGCCUGCAAGGACCCCAGAGGAAGAAUCGGAGGUGGCCGUCGGCCAGGACACUUCCCAGCACUGCCUGUGGGUCGAUGAGUUUGCGCCCCAGCACUACACAGACCUGCUCAGUGAUGAUUUCACCAACCGCUGCCUUCUCAAGUGGCUGAAGCUGUGGGACCUGGUGGUGUUCGGCCGUGAGAGACCUGCCCGGAAGCCCAAGCCCAGCGUCGAGCCGCCCCGGGUUGGCAAGGAGGUCACAGCUUCUGGCAAGUGGAAGAGCCACGAGCAGGUGCUGGAGGAGAUGCUUGAGGCCGAACUGGACCCAAGCCGGCGGCCCCGGCAGAAGGUGGCACUGCUGUGCGGGCCCCCAGGGCUGGGCAAGACCACCCUGGCCCACGUGAUUGCUCGACAUGCUGGGUACUGCGUGGUUGAGAUGAAUGCCAGUGACGACCGCAGCCCCGAGGUCUUCCGCACACGUAUCGAGGCGGCCACACGGAUGGAGUCAGUGCUGGGUGCUGGCGGGAGGCCCAACUGCCUGGUCAUCGAUGAGAUCGACGGGGCCCCCACGGCUGCUAUUAACGUCCUGCUGAGCGUCCUGGACCGCAGGGGGCCACAGGAGGUGGAGCCCGCAGGCCAGGCUGUGCCAGAGGGCGGGAGACGGUGGCGCCGGGCGGAGAGGGGGCUCCUGAUGAGGCCCAUCAUCUGCAUCUGCAACGACCAGUUUGCCCCGUCCCUGCGGCAGCUGAAGCAGCAGGCACUCCUGCUCCACUUUCCGCCCACGCUGUCCUCGCGGCUCGUGCAGCGGCUCCAGGAGAUUUCCCGGCGGCGGGGCAUGCAAGCUGACCCCGGUGCACUCGCGGCCCUCUGCCAGAAGAUGGACAAUGACAUCCGUGCCUGUAUCAACACCUUGCAGUUCCUGCACGGACAGGGCCAGCGGGAGCUGAGUGUCCGGGCUGUGCAGAGCACGCGUGUUGGUCUCAAGGACCAGCGCAAGGGGCUCUUUGCAGUGUGGCAGGAGGUCUUCCAGUUGCCCCGGGCCCAGAGGCGCCGUGUGGACCAGGACCUGGCCCCGCCUGCCCACGCACUCUUGAGUGGGGACGCAGGAUCCUGCUCUGCCGAUGCGGCCGUGACUUCGGUCUCGCAGCGUUUCCACCGCGUGCUGCACGUGGCCACCUCCGCCGGCGAGCACGAGAAGGUGGUGCAGGGCCUGUAUGACAACUUCCUGCGGCUGCGGCUGCGGGACCCUGGGCUGGACGCCGUGUGCAGCGCCCUCGACUGGUUAGCCUUCGACGACCUGUUGGCCCAGGCCGCCCUCCGCCGCCAGAGCUUCCAGCUGCUGCGCUACCCGCCUGUCCUGCCUGUCGUCUUCCACCUGCUCUUUGCUGUCGUCCACGUGCCGCGCCUGGCCUUCCCCAGCAGCCAGCAGGAGGCCCAGAACCGGACGAGCCAGAUGCAGAACCUGAUCCAGACGCUGGUGUCGGGCAUCACGCCGUCCGCCCGUAGCCGUGCCACGCCCCAAGCCCUCGUGCUGGAUGCCCUCUGCCCGCUCCUGGACAUUCUCACACCCAAGCUGCGCCCCGUGAGCACGCAGCUGUACAGCGCCCGUGAGAAGCAGCAGCUGGCUGGCCUCGUGGGCACCAUGCUGGCCUACAGCCUCACCUACCGUCAGGAGCGGACCCCCGAUGGGCAGUACACCUACCGGCUGGAGCCGAACUUGGAGGAGAUCUGCCGCUUCCCUGAGCUGCCCGCCCGCAAGCCGCUCACCUACCAGGCCAAGCAGCUCAUUGCUCGUGAGAUUGAAGUGGAGAAAAUGCGCCGGGCAGAGGCCUUGGCCCCAGCCGCCCAGGGCCCCCAGGCAGACGGGGGUCCCUCAGGUGCUGCGGGUCCUCUGAGGGGUGAGCAGAAAGGGGUGCGGCACCCUGCCCUCCGCAACCAUGAGCAGCGCCUGGAACUCAUCAUGAGAAAGGCCACCUUCGAGGAGCAGCCCGAGAGAGACUUCUUUGGGCGCGUGGUCGUCAGGAGCAUGGCCGCCCCCAGCAAGCGUGUGGCCCCUGCAGAGGACGCGGUCCCUGGGAAGGAUGCCGUCGAGCAGUGCGUAGGCACGGCCAUCGGCAGGAGCCACGUCUGGUUCCGCUUCAACGAGGGCGUGUCCGACGCCGUGCGGCGGCGCGUGCACAUCCGCGACCUGCUGUAG